ACUUGGUGUCAGUCAGUCGACAUAAUCUGUCAAAACAACAACACGGGUCGAGGCCUUGCUGCUGUGAGAACAAAGAAUUGCUUCAUUUAAAUUCCGCAAUAAUGGAAGAAUCAGUUUCCAUCAAGCACGACGGAAAAAAUCUCGACAUUAAACAGGAGAGGCAAGACAACGCCGAGAGUUACAAGUACGAGUUCGACUCGGGAAGUCAGGACUCGAGCAAAAGUGGUAGUGGGGGAUACCAGAGAUGGGCCCCAAACUUGAAUGGAGUGCGUAAAAGUGCUUUUACGCCUUACAAAUCGGUGCAGUGUACUGCGCUGACCAACUUGCAGAGAGGCAACACGCAAGCGCGGGUUCCGGAGCUGCCGCAGCCGGACAGCAGCCUGCACGCGAAGGCGGGCCGCGGGGAGAUCUCGCGCGACGACGUGAAGCUGGAGCACUACGUGGACAUCACGGACGAGCACGGCCUCACCGCGCUGCACUGGGCCGCCAGCUACGGACAGCUCAACAGCUGCCAGGAUCUAGUCUGGAGUGGAGCCAAUGUGAACACCCGCGGGCCGGAGGGUGAGACAGCUCUGCACCUGGCGGCCGCCGGCGGACACCACGAGGUCGCCAAGUUCCUGCUCAAUGAGGGUGCUGAGGCUGAUAUACAGGAUGAUUCGGGCAGCACAGCCCUGAUGUACGCGGCGGCGGCGGACUUCCCCUACACGUGCCACGAGCUGCUCGCGCGCGGCGCCGACCUCACACUCGUCAACGAUUACGACCAGGACGCCUACACGUUGACUACUAAGAAUAAUUGUCGGCUGGCACAAACUGUGAUAGAAAACUUUCUCAUUGGUUGCUUGAGCAAGGUGUAAAACUACUACCAUUAUCUAUUGUGAUUGAUCAUCCUAUCUUUCUACCCAACUACGGCGCAGCCACAUAGGAAGGGUUAAGUUGUUUAAGUUUCGAAACAGAAAACAGAUUUAACGAAAAUACAGGGAUUUAGUUCAUAAUAUUUAUAUAUUUCUUAAGAUUAUAAUAUAUACAAAUUAGUCAUGCAA